ACACAUUGCUAUAUCAUUAUUAUGUCUCGACUUUACCUGACCAGUCUUUUGGCCCUGGCAGUUGACUUACGAGGAGCUUUCUCAUACCCCACGAAUACUUCAGAGGUAUCACUGCUCGCUAGGGACGAUGGCGAAUUCAUCUUUGCUGCCUUGGGAGAUUCUUGGGCUAGUGGGGUUACGUAUACGCCUUUCAACAGUUACGAUGGCAAUAAAGACAACUGCAAACGCUACUCGUACGCGUGGUCCACUGUGGUAGCAAACCAUGGUUCCGACUGGCUGCCCGAUGGCAAAAAAGCGAAGCUCGAAUUUGUAGCGUGCUCUGGUGCAAAAACAGAGAACGUAAUGGAACAAAUGGAUAAGACGACGAGACCUAAGAUCACGCUCAUGGAGAUAGGAGGCAACGACGCCGACUUUUACCCAUUGGCCGACUCUUGCCUUUUCCACUCUCAUAGGGAUAAGAAUUAUGGAAAACGUUACGAAGAGGACGACGCAGAACAUCCUGGAGGCGAAUGUCGGAGAGAGAUAAAAGAGGUUAGAGGCCGAGUCGAAACAGAUGGCAUCAAGAAAAGUAUCAAGGGAGUUAUCAAUCAAUGGAGAUAUCACCCAGCUAAUGCAGGGAAUGAGGCCAGCCUGUAUCUUCACGGGUAUCCCUGGUUCUUUGGCGACAGCGAGGAAUGCAACGAUUGGGACUUUACCGUCUUUUAUAACAGCGAUCCAGCUAAGAACCAAAAGCUUGUACAUGAUCUGCGCACUGAUUUCAAUAAAAUGAUUGAUCAGAUGAAUCGCAAUAUUCGCGAGGCGGUUGAAGAGUACCAAGAUCCGAAGAUCAAAUAUAUCGACAUCAAUCCAGCGUUCGACCAACGUCGAUUCUGUGAGCCAGGGGCCUCAUGGUGGUCACAACUUAACUAUAACAAUGGCGUUUGGAUUUGGAACAACCCUGCAAGAUGGAUCAUCACCAUAAAGAAUGGAAACAAAGAAAGGAAAUAUGGCAAGCUUUUCGAAUCGCCGCCCCAGGACGAGGUAGAGAAGAUGCUGGCCCAUCCCAAUGAACCAGUGAUGCUCGACGAUGGUGACACUAUAUCCAGAACAUACAGUGAUCCAGACGAUGAGAAUCACAGUAUGACACUGGAGGGAAGUCUAAAGGACUUUCAAAAUUUCCGCAGUGGAGGUGGCGAUGGGUCAGUAUCACGGACACUUCAUCCCACCCAACCCGGCCACGAAGCCAUGGCCAAGAUUAUCAUUGAACGGUUGAAGAAGGAUUUCAAAAGUGGCGUUACGCAACAGCCAUGGGGCUCGAACAACUGUCCUGCCGGCUGUAAAUGCUCCAGCUCCGGUGCACCACCGCUUUGUAGUUAG